GAGAUCCAAGUGUGUUACGUAAGGAACGAAUAUAAACAGCAGCAACAAGAAAUUCAAGACAAUCCAAUAACAGGCCUCCGCGUGUUCUUCUAUCAGAUCGCCUCAUGAAAAAAAGUGGAGGCAUGAGACGCAGCAGACGCGGCUUUGGAAUCUACAUCCACCGAACCUUGCGCCGCGUGAAGCCCAACUGCCAGAUGUCUAAAAAGGCAAUGCUGGUCAUGGACUCCUUCAUGCACGACGUGCUGCAGCGGGUGGCGGAGGUUGCGGCCCAGCUCGUAGUCAUUCAGAAGCGGAAAACUUUAAUCUGCCAAGAUAUCGAGACUGCCGUGAAGCUUCUGCUGAGCGGAGAGCUGAUGCUGCACGCCGUGUCGGAGGGCACCAAGGCCUACGCGAGGUACACGGGCAGCACGCGAGUGUAAGGCUGCCGCGUCAGUGUGUUCAUUUAUUUUAAAGUGUUAUUUAAAAGGAUUAUUUUUAAUGGCUCAUAUAUUGAGCCGCAGAAAA